AUGCGCCCGGCGCUUCUGCGACUGUUGAAGAGGCCGUCCGCCGUCUCGAUCCUUGACACCCUCACAGCUACCCCGAUCGGAAUUGAGCAAUUGGACUCGAAGUACAAGUGUUUGAGAUGCAAUUCACAGAGCACCAAGCAUAGGAAAUCAGACGAAGCUACGAAUCGCCCGACACAAACCACACUCGACGAUACAUGCCGAGGGAAACGGCCAUUCAGCUUUCCCAUUUACGAUAUCGAGGAAACCAGUGAACAGCCAGCUUCUGAGCAGUCACAUGUUGCGGAGAGCCAGAAACACUCAGGGCGCACCAAAUGCCCCAUUAAACUCUUAGCGCUUCGACCGGACAAGCUUGAGUUUGAAUCGGACGUCGGACACCUCAACAACAUUGGAACGCGGUUAGUGGAUGGAUUAGAUCACCGAUCUAAUUUGGACUUAUGGGAGGAACUUCUUCGGUAUCGUCAACGUCAUUACGGUGACAAUGGCACAAUUGAUAUAUGGCAGGGACUGACUGUCCGCGCGGACGGAGUCCGGCUUCCGGUUGUGGGGGAACAGGCGGAUUUUUUCUGGCGGAGCUUUGUGGACUUGGGCCUGAGGCGUGAGGUGUUCCUUACGGAUGUACUUCAAUACGCCACUGGACUCCUCGAGAAACAUGACAGUCGGUGGCCGGAGCUCUACGAACGCAUUGUGGGAGGACUUCUGGAACAGGGUAUGCCGAACCGCGCGGUCGAAUGGCACAAAAAGCUUCAGAGUGCUCGACUUGCCACACCGGCCGAUACAAUACGGAUAUUACCAUCGGCGCUUCAUCAAUCGUCUCUUCCGGCUGGCACGGAAUGGAUGAUUUCAAACAACUCUGAGGGGUCGUCCUUAUCGCCAGGGUUGAAAGCGUUCCAGGCUAUGUGCUCCACGCUGCCGGAUCAUCAUAUCUAUGGGCCUGCUAUUGCUAUGCUUGUGCAAAAAGGCUUCGGCGAGUCGGCGAUCCCCAUGCAUCAGUUCCUCACGCAACGUGAGGACCAUCCACAAACUCUCGCCGACAUACGGCCACUCUUGGAAUAUGUUGAAAAAUUCGGACUUCGGAAAGAAUUCAACAAGCUUCGUGGUUAUGUCAAGAAGCGAUUUGACCCUGAAGCCACGGUUGACCAAUCCACUACGCCCCAAAUAGCCCAGCAGGCCCAGAAAGGCCCACAAGACGAGAAGCCAUUCAAAGACGACCUGGGCGCUAAGCUGUUCGCUACGCGGGCCCUCAACUUCGAUAUGGUUGUGGGUGGUUUGAAAAUGAUUGGGGUAGCAGAGAUCGGCCCGCGGACACUACGUGAGAUGGCUAUCAGAGCACAUGGUAACCAGGAUCUCCUGGAUAAGCUCAAAACCCUCAAGCAGUCAGGCAUAUCGGUGGGAAACACCGUGUUUUCGCGACUGGUUGAGAAGCUUGCCGCACAGAACCGCGACAUUCUUCUCUCAGACAUCUUGCGAAGCGACCAACACCCCGAUGUGUUUGGAGACAAGCGUACCCAGGAGUCAAUGUUGGUUUCUUACUACAUGGCUCGCGAUUGGCGACUAUACAAUAUGACUCUGGCAGUCCUCACAGAGCUAUACCCGGCCGCACCUGACCUUUCCGAUAUCCAUUUUAGGAAGCAUCUUGCAGCCUGGGAACUGGCUGCUGCGUCCAAAUUUGUCGACGAGCUCGCCCUGCGGAACAGGACUUUGGGGGAGCAAAGUGUGGAUUUCAUGGCCGAGCAGGUCCUCACCCCUCGCCGAAUGAACCACCGCCCACCACCAGGUCAACGCCUGACUGCCGUUCAAGAAGUGGUAUUUAUCUUCAAGAUUCUCAAGCGUGUAGUCCCUGCCGGAGGCUAUGUCAGUGCUGCUUUCUGGGUAGAGAUCCUGAAGCGAAUUGGCAUGGCUGAUGCCUGGGAUGAUUGGGAUAAACUGCAACAACUUUGCCACUGGCUUGUACGCCAAUACGCUGGUAACUCCGGAGAGACUAUCCAGACGCCCGCUCUACCCGCACCUUCCGAAACUUCUGUGAAGACCCAGAGUCGCGACCGACGAAUGCUGGACUUGGUCUUCACCCCACAGAUGCAAGCCGCCAUCGUCUCCUGGGGCUUCAUGUUCCGAGUGCUCGACACGACUGCAUCGAGAUUCGCCAUUCCCCACCCCUCAAAAUCGGACAAAAAACUCAUUCCUUGGGUCCGGGGCCUCAUCUUACUCCGAGAGCUCGAAAAAUUAGGCCUCCACCUUGACAAGAGAUUGAUUUCCCAGGCUGUUCGUCACCGUCUUGCCAUGCUGUACAGUCAUCAUGUCCUUUCUGCUCGACGCAUGAAUCGUAUGCUGCGGCGCCGGAAUCCAUACACUGUCCAGCAAGUGGUUCACGAUGUGUUCGAGGCUUGGGGCGACCCUUCUCUCUUCGAUGGAAUGGAGCAGGAUCUAGAGCGGCUGGUCAACCCACCACGAUCAGCCCGAUCGAGGCGGCGCGCUCCCGGUAUACGCUUGUCGUUGAAAGGAUUAUGA